AUGGCGACUCACAACUCUCUCGAUGGCCUGAGCCAGAGGUUUUCAAAUAUCGCCUUAUCAGAUGACGAUGCGACCGGGGAGACUUCAACUGCGCCACGAAGGCGAACCCCGGUGGAUCAGUACUUUUACGAGCACGCAUCUAGGCCCGGGUCAAAAUUCAAAUACAACAGCGAUACGAAGCUAAACAUCCGUAAAACAUUCGAUGAUCUGGCAAAAGCCGAGAAAUGGCGCCGUAAGAAGCGAUUGGCAGAGAAGAGGAAGUUCUUCGAAGCGAUUGACUCGGAGUUCACCACGAGAUUCGGAGAUGGUAACAAACUCGAGACAUGGCAGAGACUGGUGGCUAUGUUCGAACCAGAUGAUCCCCCUCCGACGAGUAUAACGAAGUGUAAGAAGGUAAAGGAAAUUCUUAUAAGCUUUGAUUGA